GCCCCGAGUCGUCCACAUUCUGCCUCUUGGCUCUCGGCCGGCCCUGGUCCGUCUACUCUGGGGCCUGGGGCCUACAGAGCUUGUGGAGAAGAUGCAGAUUGGGUCGGGCUCAUGAUGUCGGAUGCUCCUUAGAAUCCCGGGGUACAGCACCCGUGAGAUGCCGCCCCGCGUGUGCCCCUAGGCAUCGCCCGCCACCUGCCUGAGGCUUAUUAACUCGUAGGAACUUUGGAUGCGGCCAAUCUCCCACUUCCCAAGGCCCACCAUGGCGACUCACCACCUUGAGUCCACCCAAGUGGACAACAAGUACAGCAUCGACCACGUCGACUCGCGCGAUGUCGAGAAGCAGCACCCUGCGCAUCACCACCAUGACUUGAGCAGACCACACGACAAGGCGCUCGACGCGUUGGGCGACGAGCCCGUCCAUAUGACAGAUGAGCAGAGUCGUAUGGUGUGUCGCAAGAUCGACAAGGCAAUUCUGCCGAUCCUUAUGUGGGUGUAUUUCCUGCAGAUUCUCGACAAGAGUUGUGUCGGCUAUGGCGCCGCGUUCGGAAUGAAGGAGGAGGCGGGCCUCAAGGGCAACGAGUACUCCACGGUGUCGUCGGCAGGCUACUGGGCCCAGCUGGCCCUGUGCUGCGGCCCGACGGCUUUCCUCAUCGUCAAGGUCCGCACCAACCUGCUGCUCGGUGCGUGCAUCCUCUUCUGGGGCACAGCGAUGCUCGGUCUUGCGUUUUCCAAGAACUUUGGCGCUCUCCUCGCCAACCGCUUCCUUCUUGGCCUGUUUGAGGCUAUCGCUAUCCCUCUCUUCACCGUCAUCACCGCCACAUGGUACCGCCGCCGCGAGCAGCCCCUCCGCAUCGCUUGUUGGUACGGCACGAACGGCAUUGCGUCCAUGCUCGGCUCGCUGCUGGCGUACGGUCUCUCGUUCAUCAGAUCGCCCCACCUUUACGUCUACCAGAUUCUGUUCCUCACCGUCGGUCUCGCGACUGUCCUUACAGCGCCGCUCCUCUACUGGCGUCUCGACAACUCACCCGCUGAGGCCCGUUUCCUUACUCCCGAGGAGAAGCGCUGGGCCAUCGAACGCCUCCGUGACAACCAGACUGGUGUCGAGACCAAGGUUAUCAAGUGGAACCAGGUUUGGGAGACGUUCUAUGCCCCUCCCAUGAUCUUCUACGCACUCGUCACGUUCUGUGUCAACACCGGAGCUGCUGUAACCAACACCUUUGGCCCGUUGAUCAUCAAAGGCUUCGGUUUCAACUCGCGGCAGACCAUGCUGCUGAACAUUCCAUUCGGCUUUGUGCAAACCUGUGUUUGCUUCGCCGGGUGUCUCCUGGCCGCUCGCUUCGGCUACAAGGGCGCCAUCCUCAUGAUCUUCAUGAUUCCCUGCGUUUUCGGCAGUGCGAUGCUCUACGGCAUUGGAAACCGGCUCAACGGUCUCCGCCUCUUCUCGUACUACUGCAUCGCUUUCCUGUUUGGUGGGAACCCUCUCCUCUUCGCCUGGCUCGCCGGCAACACUGGUGGGCACACCAAGAAAUCGCUCUCCAUUUCCCUCUGCAAUGCAGCCUCUGCGGUCGGCAACAUGGUCGGCCCGUAUCUGUUCCAGAAGGGAGCACCGCUGUACCACACUGGCCUUGGCGCGUGCAUGGGCAUUUUCUGCGCCUGCUUCUGCCUAUGUGCCGGCCUCAUUUUCACCCUUUUCACCAUGAACAAGCGCAAGGAAAAGCAGCGUGUCGCCAACGGCAAGCCCGCCAAGAUUGCGAACGCUUCCAUGGAGAAGGAGUAUCGUCGCACGGCUGACGGCGUCCUUGGACAGCAAGCGUUCGACGACCUCACGGACCUGCAGAACGACGAGUUUGUUUACGCGUACUAGGCGACUUCGGAAAGAUGUAACAUGGGCUGGGAGGUGGCGUUGAUUCAUUGUAGGACAUAUAGUUGUGCAGGUGUUGACCACUCGAGGUAGAGAGUGCGGGGAGGAGGAGAGACCUGUCUGGCACGUAUGAGAGAGAUCAGAGAGGUUUUGGAAGUGGCACUUUUUGCUUCGCCAUGUACUUCCUAUGCCACUUCGCCAGGUACCUCCAUCG